CUCACACUCUUGGAAUCGAGUUCUAAAUCCUUUCCUUCAGUAGUAUUGAAUUAACGGUAAACAAGUAAACAUCAUUUUCUGUUCAAUUCAUUUGUUUCUCCAACCUUUUAAUUGUUAUUAUCUUUUUCCUAUUUGUUUUUUUUUCUUUCUCAUUCAUUUCUUAAUCAUUUGGAAACACAAUCAGUCAAUUAACAGGUUAAUCAAUUGUUUGAAUAUUUAAUUGUUAAGCUUUACGUAUUUCUAUUAGUUAAAUGGUUACUUUGUGUUAACUUGAUUUGUGUUUACAACUUUACCUUUGAUAUGAUAUUUGUAACUUAAUUGUUUCCAUGUUUUAAUCAAUAACAUUAACAAUCAUCAUCAUCAUCAUUUUCUGUUUAAGUUUGGUAAUUAAUUUGGUUAUUCAUUGACAUUUGUUAAUUUAAUUUACUUGUUUUACUUGAUAAAAUUAUAUAUUUAAAUCAUGAACUGGUUAAAUUAUUUGCUAAUUGUUUGUCUAAUUGUUUCACUGGUGGACAUUGGUCAUUCUUCAUAUUAUCAUUCACCUUCAUCUCAUCUUUAUGAGGAUGAAGAUGAUGGAGAUCAUUCAUCAUCUUUAGACGAUUCACCUGAUCCAAUUGCCGAAGGUGGAAUCCGAAGUUCUCGAAGUUAUCAAUUUCCACCUUCGACAAUUAAUUCUUACACCGGUGUAGAUAAUGAUCCAUCGAACGAUGAAUCAACCCAAUCAGAUCCAAUUUCAUCAGUUAGACGAUUCCCUCAAUAUCCAUCCUCAUCCCAGUCUUCAUCUUCUGGAUCAUCAUCCUCAUCAUCCUCAUCUUCAUCUUCAUCUUCAUAUCAACCACCAAGCAUAAUACCCACUGGAGCUUUAGCAAGUGAUAAUAAUAAUUUUGUUUCCUCGCGUCAUCAACAACCACAGGUAAUAUCAGUUCUCAGUGGAAACGCUUCACCACACCAAAGUAUUACCUGGAAACCACCGGCGACACUUAAUCCACCACCAAUAUCAGGCCAAUCUUCUCGAGUCCAACCAUCAUCUUCAAGUUCGGAAAGUAGAUUAACAGAGGAUAGAUCAUCAAGUCGUUACUAUCCAUCAUCAUCAUCAUCGACAGUUGGCCCUCGUCAGUCUAGUUUAUCAUCAAAUCCAUCAUCAUCAUCAUCAUCAUCAUCAUCGUCAUUAUCUCUUAAGGAUAAAGAUCAAUCUGGAUUACAUCAAACAAACAAAAUCACUCGAUCAUCUUUACCUUCAAUCAAUUCAUCAACAGGAUCAACAUCACCAUCAACAAACAGCACAGGUAAAAAAGAUGAUACUGUCAUCUACUAUUAUUAUUAUUACGACGAUGAUGAUACUAAUAAAAACGGGACCGUGACCCGAGUUACCAAAAAUGGGGCUGAUUCAAGUUUGGACACAAUACCAAGUUUAGAGGGUUAUGAUAAGAUAACUGAUAAAUUACCUAAAGGAACAUUUUCUUCGUCAUCUUCUUCUUCAUCUUCCUCAUCUUCAUCGUCUUCCACUGUUCCAUCUCGUUCGUUUGUCGAUUCGAGUACACGACGAGAAUCAACUGUAACCUCUAAACCUUCAACAAGAUCUUCAUCUUCAUCAUCUAAUUAUUUCUCUAAUUAUCAAUCUCGUCCAAUCGAUACUCAUAUUCACUCCCCAGUCACUCCUUCAACAACAGUUAACCCUUCAACCGAUAUCUCUGUUUCCGUUUCCGUUUCAGAUGAUAGAUCAUCAACUCCAAGUUCUAAUUCUAAUCCAAUUUCAAAUGUAUCUCGUUAUGGUUCUAAUCAUAAUCUAAUCAAUCGACCUAAUUAUGAUUCUCCUCGAGUUAAUAAUGUCCAAGGAAUUAAUUCUCGAGGUAACUCAUUUUCCCCUCAAUUUCCUGGUCAAGCUUUUCGUCAUAUUCCCAAUUCAUCGACCUCUUCCCCUUUCACUGGACACGGUUUUCCCUCUCCAAGUCCACCGGUCACUCGAUCACCUUCCCACCCACCCAAGAGUACUGACCAAUCAGACCAAUUAUCUAUUAAUCAUCUUCAUCAUCAUCGUCAUUCAUUACCUAAUGAUUUGUCACCAGGAUCACAAUCGUUUAAGUCUAAAUCGUUGGCACCUUCAUCGACAAUAUCGUUAACAACACCAACGACAACAUCAACCACAACAACUACAACAGUUAAACCAUCAACAACAACAGCAACAACGACAACAAGUUCACCCGCAGAUGAGUCCAAUGAUAUUCGAGGUCGACCAAGACCAGGUUUUGGUUCUAGAAGACGAUUUGGUAAUACAUCGACUCGACCGAGCUCAUUGACGCGUCCACGAUCACCUUCAUCGACUACCACUACGACUACAUCGACAACAACAACAACAACGACCACCCCAAGACCUCGUCCAAGAAAUUUUGGAAAUUCCCUUCGAAAACCAUAUCGAGCCAAUCGUCCUUUUGGUCGGACAAGUGAAUUUGAGGCCAAAGAAGAUGAAGAUAAAUCUUCAUCGACAACAGUUUCAUCAACACCAUCAACUAGUUCAACGACACCAAAAUCUUCACCCUCUUAUUCAAUGCCAACAACUUCAGCUCCUCGUCGAUUUGGUUCUUCCCGUGGACGUUUUGGUUCAACAUCAUCAGUUCGAGGUUCAACUACAACAACAACAACCACAACCACCACCACCACAACACCAACACCAGAGACACGAAGCUCAUCUCGACGAUCAGGAUCACUCAAUUCAUUAACAUCGGUCACAACACGGGGACGAACUCGAAGUCGACCAAGUUUCCUUCGUGGUCGAAAUACAAAACCGGAUGAGGAAACAACAAGUUCACCUAAACCAUCAACUCCAUCAGUUGAUUCACCAAUCAGAGAGGAAACAAUUAAAGAUCAUAACAAUAAUGGCGAUGAUUCCAUUUCAAUCAUCUCAGGUUCUGUUGCUGAAUCUCCAUCAUCAUCUUCAUCAUCAUCAUCUUCGAGUAAAAAUGAUUCUUAUUCUGAAGAAGAUAAAUCAUCCGAAUCAAAUCAUUCUCAUGCUCCAUCAUCAACCACCGAACGUAAUUUAACUAAUCAACGGCAACGAUCAAGAAACUCAAACCCAUUAUUUAAAAGUCGUCCAAGGCCAAAUCUUUUCGGUGCCCGUCGAAAUCAAUCUCAAGGUGAACGUUCCUAAAUAGAGUAAAAAAAGAAACAAUUAACUUAAUUGUCAAUCGAAAAGGAAUCUCAUUGAUCACAACCUAUGAGCCCAAUUUCAACUUCACAUCAACUUAAUUAUUCUCAUUAAUUUUAUUACUUCUAUUAUAUAUUAUUAAUAUUUUUCUAUCUAAUUAUUAAGAAUCAAUUGUAAUCCUGUAAAUCGAAAUAAAUUUAUUUACUUUAAAUUGA